CUUUGGUAAACCAUGUUUUAUAGAUACCAAUAUGUAGCUAUACAAAAACACAUUUUUAUUGCAAACAGUUAGUACUGACGGAAGUUUGGAUCUGUGUUUUGUGGAUUACUGUAUUGAUGCAGGAAUGCAGAAUGGGGUACACUGCGGUUUUAAGGGACAAGACACAAUCAGUAUGGUACACUCAUUCAUGCUAGACCAUAAUUUUGCUAAGAGCCAUACAAAUACAGAAAAAAAUUCGCUUGGUGAAGAUUUGGACGAAGUGGCCGGUGAGAGUCGGUUGUCAACACGUAGCAGUUUAAGCGGCAAAUCCGGAAUAUCAGCAACUCCUUCCUUGACCCAAGAAAGAUGGAAGAGAUCUUUAUGUAGUUUGCUAAAUGACUGUGAAGGUGUAAAAGCUUUUCAAACGUAUCUGCAAGAAUGUGAUCAAGAAAUUACACUUAUAUGUUUGUUGGCAUUAAAAGGAUUUCGAAAUUUUGGAAUGAAGGAAAAUAUUCCAAACAGUGGGAAUUCAUCAGCUGCAUCAUCAACCACUGGAUCAAUAACAAACAAAAGUAUGACAUUGAUGGAUGAAGAAACAAAACGUAACAGAUUGAAGUUGGCACAACAAAUCUACCGCAAAUUUCUAGGAAGUGAUGCACCAAAAUCUAUAUCAAAUAUAAUCAAACAAGACACCAAACAGACUAUUGUUACAAGUAUUAAAAACGCUGCAAAGAAAAAAUCUUGUGUAGAAUUGGACAUCUUUCAUGAGGCAAAGAGUCAAAUAGAAUUAUACGUGGAAUCAACUUUUUAUAAAAGUUUUCUUACAAGUGAAAUUUUCUUUAAAUAUAUCUCAUUAUCCGAUACAACUAACAAAUCACCUUCGAAUGGCCAACCUCCUCAACCUAAUUCUACUCAAACUUCCAUCUCGUCUCAGUCGAAUGUGCAACACAUAGUAGAUGCAACAAGUGAUCAAAAAAUCUCAACACAACCAGGUUAUUUGCCACGGCUUGAUGAAAACCAGGUUUGGAAUCCAACUCGAAGAAACAUUUCUACAAAUGUUAGAUCUCAUCCAUCUGAUUCUUUAAAACGAACAGCAAUAAUUCGCUCUGUGAGAGAAAAUCAUAUUUCUGUUGAUCAUGAUGAAUCGCAUCGACAAGAUGUUAAUCGACCUGCAGCUCCAUACUACACUGCCAACACAUACUGGGUUCCACCAGCCUCCGCAAUAGGUAGUGACCAAGCAUCAAAGUCAUCUGAUGCAACAUCUGACACGUUAUCAUGUCCUGACAACAGUAGUAUUGAUGGUGCCACUGCAUAUUCAUCCUCACGAACAGGGCAUAAACGUUAUAUUCGAAAUCAAAUGAAAAAGAAUCCUGCAAAUGUUUUGCCAGAAUGUUGCCAUCAACCAAGAACUACAAGAUGCAAAGAUAUACCAACGCUUGCUACGAACAACCCCGCUGCAUUUUUUGAACAAUUACGAAUAAAACUUGAGAAGGUGUUGGAAGAACAGAAGCGUGUACGUGCGAUGAUGCAGAGGAAUAAUGAACCAAAUGUAUUUGAUGAAGAUAUUGAUGAGAUGAUGGAAUCACAUAUUGCGCGGGUCAUCCAUAGUCCAGGGGAACAUAACAUACCUCCUAUUCUAUCAAGCACACGUCUUCCUAUUUCAGCAUCCACCUCUUAUCCUCAACAUAAAACAGAAUCUUCAAUAUCAGAUAAUCAGCGAAUGUCGGGUGUGAUGAAAAAAGAUCAAUUGAGAAGAAAACCUGAAGUUCCUGCUGUUGGUUUAGUUCCUGGCAUGGCACAAAAUGAAGUUCCCGAUAUUCCUACUCCUGUGAAUCCAGUUGACAAGAACCAGAUGAUCUGUGCAUGGAUUCAACAAGCUCCAUCAUCCAACCAGUCUCGAAAAAAGCAUCAAAAAAUGAGAAGAUCCGUUGCAACAGACAAUGAAAUAAUACCGGGAGGAAUGCCCAUUCUACCAGAGGAUCGCACAGGUCUCACUUCUACACUUAGUUCAACUCGACCACACAGAACACCUUUAGUAUUAGCCCAGGACAUGAUGCCGCCAAUGGAACAACCAGAUGUUAACACAACAAUAGAAGAAGUAAAGCGACGAUUAAUUGAGGAAACUGACCGCAAAGAAUUCUCCCCCAGCCACUCAGUUGAAACUCACGAAAGCAAAGCGGUCGCCCAAAGCAAAGCGGUCGCCCAUGAAUCAGUUUCUGAUACAGACUCUUCCACCGAAACAGCAACAUCGGCCAACACAAUAUCUGGGAAGGUGGAUACAAGUAAUGAAGCAAACAAUACAACAGUUGUCUACUACCUCCCUCAUGAACCUCUUGCGUACAAAAUUCAUAUACCGCACUGCCCUCUUACACUUGGUCAAUUCAAGUCGUAUCUCACAAAACGAAACAAUCAGAAAUUUUUCUUCAAGCAUUUUUCACCCGAGCUUAAACGCGAUGUAUUUUUCGAAGUUACGAAAGAUAAUGAAAAACUUCCGCUAUGGGAAGACGUGGUGCUUGCUAAAAUCGAGUAUGAACUUUAAAUUAUUUUGUUCUUUUUAUUGGAUUAAGUUCUUGUAUAGCAACAGCAAUAUUUUUCUGUUUUUCACGAGCAACUUUAAACUAAAUGCACGUAUUUUUCACUUUAUACUGAAACCUUUUUAACGCGUGCUUUUGUUGCCAUUUUCUUGAGAAAAUAAAUUUGAAUAUGUCGUUAA